GCCGCCGGCCAGGAAAUGGCGUCUGGCCGUGUCGCGGCUGCUCCUGCCUCUCCGCCGUCCCCGCUGCUCCUUUCUGAGGCGCCCCCGGGCCUGGAGCGCGGCGGCGGGAUGUGGCCCCGGCGGAGCGCGCUGGCGGCGGCCUGCCCCUCGGUGUCCGUCGUGUUCCCGGGCGCGGUGAGCCGGGAGAGCUGCUGCCGCUUCGCCUGCGAGCUCCUCAAGCACGUCCUGCACCAGCGGCACCAGCUCCCGCUGCCCUACGAGCAGCUCGCCUACUUCUGCCGGCGGGCGGCUAAGGGUGGAGAUGUGAUUAAGAAGCCAGUGUCCAUGGACCUGGCAAGCAAGAAGUGCCAGCAGGUGCUGAUGGAGCUGGAGGGGGUGCUCCAGCACUUGGAAGUAAUGUUUAGACUGACACUGGUUCCUCGGGUUCUUAUUCUACUUGGAGGCAAUGUCAUGAGCCCCAAGGAGCUGUAUGAGCUCAACUUAGAGGGCAUCCUUGAAGGCAGUGCUGAAGAGAGCCUGAAAACUGCAUCCUGUGUUCGCAAGCUCUUCCACUCGCUGUUUGUUGCAGAUGUCUUCAGUGAACUUAAGGCUCUCCCUGCCAUGGGCACUGUUGUUAUGCUCCAAGGACACCGCGAUUGUGGUGUUGAUUGGUUCCGGCCCAAGCUCAACUAUAAAGUGCCAACUCGAGGGAGGAAACUGACUGUUAACUUGUCCUGUGAUGGAGACAUCAACAUAAGUGCCUUGCCUCCUCAGCAUAUGAGUUCUGACUGGGAGGACUAUGUCUGGUUUCAAGCACCAGUGACACUCAAAGGCUUUCAUGAAUGACGUGUGAUCUGUAGAACGUUAAUAGAAUAUUCAAUAACCUUUGGUGCUGCUUCAAGUGAGGAUAACUUUAUCAAAUGUAACCAUGUAUUCUUGUCUAUCUGGAUCUUUUCUCCAGGGCGUCUACUGCCUUCAUUUAGCUCAGCUGUGUUCAUCUGUCUUCAUUUUCUGAAUUGUUGAAAGCAAAUACCCUUUAAGGCACAGCUGCACACAGAUAAGUGAUUCUUUAGGGACCUGAGUUGUGGAAAUGAAUUAGUGGGUUGGGAGUAAAUCUUUCCUGCCACAUACUUGUUGAACUGGCAAAUACUGGAUACAAUUGUCUUUCUCCUGAGGUUUAACUUAGUAAUCCAAAGAGUGGGACUUCACAGCAAUUGGGAUGUCUAGGUACCUAGCAGUGUCUUGUACUGGUGCUGAAAAUAGGUUGAACAGUACUGUGGAGGCAGGGAAGCACAUCUACCUAUUCUUUUUCUUUUUUUUUUAUUUUUUACCAACCUUUAGUCCAGCAGCCCUGACAAUCAGAUGCAUAGUUAAAAGUAAGCAGUUUCUGCUCUAACCCUUUUCAUAGGCAAUUAGGACUUCCAGCCUCAAUAUACUAGAAUAUUCUGACCUAAAACAACAGUUAGUUUCUUGCUUACUUUUACUUUUAGAAGUCUUAGACUCUAAAUGUUUCUGAAGUGGGAAGAAGUGGUGAGGGAAGUAUGAUCAAGUUCAGCACUACAUCUACCUGUCAAUUCCUGUUCUAAGUCAGAAUGUGUUACUUGGAAGCAGAAUUUAAGCCCUUCUGGCCUGGUGUCUAAUGCAGAAUGGGACAGAAAGGGAGGGAGAGAAACCUUGGAGCACACUGUGUCAGGAUUAGAUAUCUGUUGUAGUUAUCUUCAGCCGGAUGGAUAUGUAUUUGUAAUGUAAUGAGCCUGAUAGCUACAAAGAGCUCUAUCCUGUUUGAAGAGAAACACAAUCAUCAUACUGGUAGCAAGGUCACUAGCGGUUUCCUGAUAAAUAUUGCACAAUAGGGUGGUAAAAAUCUUUUGAAAGGAGGGUAAAGGUUGAUGCACUCUGCACUUGGUGCAUAUUUUUAACUUUGACCUUUUGGAGUGGAAUGAGAUUAUAGAACUAGGAGGAAAUUAAGUUGGUAAUUUUGAGCUUGGAGUCCACUAGGGGUGCUGUCUCUGCCUAUCCAUUAAGAACUGUUUACAAUGUGUAGUAACUGCUAAAGCUUGCUCUAGGGGAAAAA